AUGACACCUUCUCCAGUAACUGUGAGUCUAAAGGAUUUACAGAAUGGCCAUGUUUCGUUCUCAACACUUGAGGAAGCCUUUGGUCCUGAGUCUUUAGGUAUUAUACUGGUCAAAGAUAUCCCUGAGCCAUUCGUAGAGUUGAGGCAUAGUCUACUCUCAUAUUCAUCUUAUCUCGGAAACUUGUCAGAUGCCAAACUCGAGCAACUCGAAAACGCGGCUGCAAAAUAUCUUACCGGUUGGUCUCGUGGCAAAGAAACUCUCAAAAACGGGCAAGUGGACACGCUCAAGGGAUCAUACUAUGCGAAUUGUGCCUUUUAUGUCGACCCGUCUCUUUCGUGCGCGAUACCUACCUCGGAAUUUUCACCCGAAAACUUUCCCGAAUACCUGAGCCCAAAUCUAUGGCCAACAGAAACCGUAUUGCCCGGGUUCAAAAGUACCUUUGAGAGGUUGUGUCGCAUUAUUAUUGACACCGGAGUACUUGUCGCUCGAGCUUGUGACCGAUACGGGGAGAAGGAGGUUCCUGACUAUAAACCUGGAUACCUUGAGCAUGUUGUGAAAACUUCAACCACAACUAAAGCACGAUUACUACAUUAUUUUCCAGCAGAAGCCAAGGAAUUUUCUGAAAACCUUGACGAUGACUGGUGCGCAACACAUGUAGACCAUGGCUGUCUGACUGGCCUCACGUCGGCUAUGUUCAUCAACGAGACUCGUAAUCCACCAGUGAUUCCAGUGUCCUACUCAUAUCGUCCGACAACUCUCAGUCUUCUCAAGGAACUUCCUACUUCCCCAGACCCAACUGCAGGACUCUACAUCAAAUCUCGAAGUGGUGAAACAGUUCAGGUUAAAAUUCCCAGAGAUUGUAUUGCCUUCCAAACCGGGGAAGCUCUCGAAAGGAUCACCAAGGGAAAAUUCAAGGCAGUUCCGCACUAUGUGAGAGGUGUACGACCAGGAAUUGCGGAUGGCGAUAAUGAAGGAGGAAGAAUUGCGAGGAAUACAAUCGCCGUCUUUACUCAACCUAACCUGGACGAGAUUGUUGAUUCGGAGAUGGGCAUUACUUUUGGGGAAUUUGCGAGAGGGGUGGUGGAAAAGAAUACUACAAAGUGA